AGAGAAACUUAGCAGUUGGACUACAAAUCCCAACAAGCACAGUUAAAAAAAAGAAAACUAGAACUUCCUUUUGUACAAGGGUCGGUAAAUAUAACAAAGCUGUUUGAGAUCUCUUGGUCAGCACCAUGGGGCGUCUGGAUGGGAAGAUCAUCCUGUUGUCUGCGGCAGCACAGGGCAUUGGCCGAGCAGCUGCUAUUGCUUUUGCUAAGGAAGGAGCCAAAGUCAUUGCUACAGACAUCAAUGAGUCUAAACUGCAAGAACUGGGGAAAUAUCCAGGCAUUCAAAUACAGGUUCUGGAUGUCACCAAAAGGGAGCAGAUAGAAAAUCUGGCCAAGGAGAUCGAAAAGAUUGAUGUCCUCUGUAACAUUGCAGGGUUUGUUCAUCAUGGAACCAUUCUGGAUUGUGAGGAGCAAGACUGGGACUUCACAAUGAACCUCAAUGUUCGCAGCAUGUAUUUAAUGAUCAAGACGUUCCUUCCAAAGAUGCUUAAACAGAAAUCUGGAAAUAUUAUUAAUAUGUCUUCUGUGGCAUCCAGCAUCAAAGGAGUUGUGAACAGAUGUGUCUACAGUACUUCAAAGGCAGCAGUUAUUGGGCUAACUAAGGCUGUGGCUGCUGAUUUCAUUGAACAAGGCAUCAGAUGCAACUGCAUAUGUCCUGGAACUGUUGACACACCAUCUUUACAGGAAAGAAUCCAAGCCCGGCCUAACCCAGAACAGGCAUUGAAAGACUUUCUAGCCAGACAGAAAACUGGAAGGAUGGCUACUGCUGAAGAAGUGGCCCAUCUCUUUGUGUACUUGGCCUCUGAUGAAUCUGCCUAUGUGACUGGUAAUGAACUAAUCAUCGAUGGAGGAUGGAGCUUGUGAUUCAUUCUACCUGCAAAUGGAAAUUCAUACUAUGAUGGGCAAAAAAUGAGGAUGGUGUUUCUUGCAAAGAUUGAGAUCAUGCAUGUGAUGUCUUUCCAAAGAAAUUUGCUGCUAUUUCUCUCUAGAUUGAUCUUACUGAUUAACUUUUCCUUAAAUAGAGAAAUACUGGAGCAAAACGUA